GACCUUCUGUAAUGACAUUCAGCACGACUGGGGUGGCAAAGAGUACUGAAAGGAAGGCAACAAAAGUAAAGAGAGGAAUUGGAAAAUCCAAAGAUCUGAAGAGAGAUUAACCGGUCAAAACAAUUGUUGUGAGCGACUGCGGCGGUGGACCUGGUUGUCAGCAUGCAGGAGUCUCCAGGUGCUAUGGGUGUAGAUGGCAGCUACACCAGCAAUGUCCCAGCCUUUCUCACCAAACUGUGGACACUGGUGGAGGAUCCGGAUACCAACCACCUCAUCUGUUGGAGUGCUACUGGGACCAGUUUCCAUGUAUUUGACCAGGGUCGCUUUGCCAAGGAAGUUUUGCCAAAGUACUUCAAACACAACAACAUGGCAAGCUUUGUCCGACAGCUCAACAUGUAUGGCUUCCGAAAAGUGGUAAAUAUUGAGCAAAGCGGUCUGGUGAAGCCUGAGAGAGAUGAUACGGAAUUCCAACAUCUGUACUUUCUUCAGGGACAUGAACACAUGCUGGAGCAUAUUAAAAGAAAGGUAUCAAUCGUAAAGAGCGAGGAGACUAAAGUUCGCCAGGAGGACCUCAGUAAACUGCUGUAUGAAGUUCAGCUUCUGAGAACACAACAGGAGAACAUGGAGUGCCAGAUGCAAGACAUGAAGCAGCAGAAUGAGGUUCUGUGGAGAGAGGUGGUCUCACUGAGACAGAACCACACACAGCAACAGAAGGUGAUGAACAAGCUAAUUCAGUUUCUGUUCAGCCAGAUGCAGUCCAACACACCCGGCACUGUAAGCUUGAAGAGGAAGCUGCCCUUGAUGUUGGAUGAUGGUUCUAUUAGCCCUCCUGCAUCCAAGUUCAGCCAUAGUAAUCCAAUGGAGCCAAUGCACGAGCCCUUCUACAUCCAAUCGCCAUCCAGUGAUACCGCCUCUUGCUCUACUAGCGGGCUAACAGGAGGACCAAUCAUAUCAGACGUAACAGACAUGUCUCAGGCUAAUAUGGCUCUACAGAUGCAAUCUGAUGAGACCAGGGACAAAUGUCUGAUGCUGAUCAAAGAAGAGCCAGUGAGUCCAGGAAUGAAAGCAGUAGUGAAAGGAGGCAGUGUCGGUGGGGGAGACACUCUAGCGUUGACCUCCCCUUGUGAGGUGUGCUCCUCAGAACCUCCAGUACUUCCUGUUGCAAUGGUGCAGUCUGUUUUGGAGGGGAGAAGUUCAACUGCCUCAAUGCCAGAUAGAAGUAAGAGAGCUGCCGCGGAAAGAGUAGAAGCUUCAGAUGCAGUGGAAAAUAUGGAUAUGAGCCUGGAGGAACUCCAGCAGCUGAUACUCAGGAGCCAUCAGCAGAGUACCGUGGAAGCGGGGACCAGUGCUGUUAUUGAUCCCUUCAGUGUAAACCUCCCUCUGACUGAAUGGAGCUUCACUGAAAUGGACUCCAACCUCAAAUCAUAUGUGCUCCAAAACCAAGAACCCGAGGCUUUUCCAUCUUCUACCUGUGAGAAACAGUGAUCAGUCUGAAGAUUGAAAGGCACUUUUUGAAAUGGAAGGCCACAACACAUCCGACCGUCACCGCACCCUGCAAAGAGUUUGAUCCCACAGCCCCUGUCAGACUGUUUAUUUAUUUGCCUUAUUUGCAUCAUUUUACAAAAUACAGAAAUGAUCGUCUUUGUGCAGAUUAACAGAAUUAUAUAUAAGACUCCUGCUGAUGGAAGUUAUGACUUAUUAUUCCUAGAGUUGACUUAUUAUAAAAUUAUACAAGUGAACAUUUAUAUUAUUUAACAAAAAAAAAUACUGUGAAGAACUAUUUGGGUGGGGUUAUGUUUUGUCUAUAUGAGAAGAUAAUGAUGACAAAUGCAUUCAAAAUCAUUUUAGGUGUUAAGAUUUAUGCAAGGUAGGUUGGCAUUUAGAAAAAUAGAAGAUUCUACUAUGAAAAUAUGGAAUCAAGCCACUAUAAAAACCCAUUGAUAAAUCUUCUUAAGCACAGGUAGGACAAUGUAGCUUUAAUAUCUAACACAUGUACAGUACGUGUUGCGUACAGGCCUGACAUGUAGCUAGAAAUAGAUAAGAGUUUUGUCUAUUUAUAUGUGAUAUUAAAGGAUAUACUUUUUAAUUUGACUUAAGCAACAACAUCAAUGCGUUUUUUGCACAAUAACAAUGUAGUUUGCAUUACACCUGCUCGUCUUAAGGAGACUCGGACCGUUGUGACAGCAUUAAACCAAAGUGAUAAACAUAUCAAACAGUUAGACACUGCCAUUGUUAUCUUCAAAAUUGCUUUGGAGUUGACUGUUUUUUCAGUAAGUGUUUAGUGAAGUGCUUUCUUCAUUUGUUAAGGAGUUAGAAAUUCAGGAAAUUAAGAUUUAUUCUUUGGAUUAAAAAAAAAAAAAAGUCAAAACCGCUCAUAUGUAAUGCCAUUUAUUGUAAAUAAUUACUCCUCAAGGCUGCAUAAAUUGUUUUUUGUUUUGUUUUACUUAUUGCUUGACACUCUUCAAAGUGAAAUGUGCAAUAUACUGUACAGAACUGCAAUAUAUGGAUGACCAUAGGAAUGUAGAAAGGAGCAACUGUCAGUGGUGGAACUGGAACGCACCUAACUAAUAUGCACAGUGCAAGAAGAACGUCUGCUUGUCCAAAACUCUGCAAGGCAGGAACAAAGUGACCGAAAGGACAAAUUCCAUUUGGCUGACUCUUGAAAUAUGCUUUAAAGUUCUGCAGGAUUCAUCCCAUAUAAAAAAAAUUGGAUUGCUGCAUCAUAAUAUAUUAUCUUACAAUGGAUCCUUAGAAAUUAUACUGAAGGUUUAUGACACCCCUGCUCAAGACGUUUUUGAAGUAGGCGCGGCUUCUCUGUACAUCUUAGCUUUGGUGUAUGACAUUGUGGAAUUGCACUAAAACACAGUUGUAUAUUUGAAAGUGUACAGUACAUUCAAGACAAGCAUUUACUUUAGUGUUUUUUUUUAAGGGUGAUGAUACACGCUUAGCUGCGGUUAUGUUUUUUUUUUAUUAUUAUUAUUUUGUUUUCAUUUGGAAUCAUUUGCACUGAAAAGUAACGGAUGUGUGUUAAACUGCUGCUAGAUAAGACAUUUCGGAGCGAACCAAGUGAAUUAUCACUGCUACUGUAAGUCUGGCAACCCCCCCCCCCCCUAAAAAAAGCAUUGUUACACUAUAAACAGUAAAACCAAAUUAAACACAACUCCUGAUAACAUUAUUUGUGUGAUCAGUAAAGGACUUAUGAUAAACCAAAAACUCAAUAAUGACUGAUUAUAGUGCUUCAAUGCUUUGAAAAAUUUCUAUAAUCUGCUGCAAAUGUGAUUUUUUUUUUGUUUUGACUUUCUUAAAAAGACGAAAGUGCAAUGUUAUAAUGGGUCAAAUAAAGUGGCUAUGCAUUUCACAUGUGGAAUAUACUAUUUAA